CAGUUUCCUUCCAGGAUGCGUUUCGUUCUGUCGCCUUUGCAAGGACGCUAAUCAGGUAUAAGAGAUUGUUACACGGGGUUUUUAACUUUAGUCGGUUUCGGAACAUAGAAAAGAGUAGGUAGAACGUACGACUGGACACACGUAUACUCCGCAGACGUUUUCAAAUUACAAGUCAAAAGAAAUUCAUAGGAGCUAGUUACCCCCCACUUUUCCCUACCUGCCGAAGCAGGGAAUAUCCUCGUAAGAGAAAACCUUCAUAUCUCGCGGUGUUCAAAUACGGCAAACAUGGUUAGAGCGUCGUUGUUGAAACGGUUGUUGAUUUUACUGACGCUAAAUUAUGCCGCAUCUUCGUUUAUCGCACCGUCGAAUUUCGGAGGUGCCUCAGAAUCCGGAGUGUCGCUGAGUGACGUAACGCAGAGGAAGAGCGGUUCGGAAUACGUUGCACUCGAUAACGGAAGGGCAACAAAAGCGGCCAGCCAAGGAUUCGAUAAGGGUGAACGCGGUGCACACGGACAGUCUCAAGAAGAUGGUCACUACAGUGAUCAGGAUAAUAAUCGGAAGGGAUACGACGUCGGAAGACAAACGUUGGGACAGAGCCAGUCUUUCGAUCAAGGUAACAACGAGUUUCAACAACACGGAAGUGGAGAGCAUAAAAAAGGCUUUCACAAAAGUGGAUUUACGAAUAAUUAUCACAAGGACGAAUCAGGAAAUAAAGCCUCGUUCUACGAGGACAGCGACGACGAACGUGGUCACAGAGGUCACGAUAACAGGGGAUCAUUUUACGGUAACAGAGGUGAAGACGCGUUCAGGGAUGGAAGAUACGACACAGCUUUCAACGGAAGAAACAGAGGUCAACAGGGACUUUACGACAACAGUGCAGGAUUCGAUAAUCGCCGUGGUCAUUCUGGCGGUUACAACGACAAUCGCUACUACGACGACAGAAGAAAAUACCUGCAAGACGGAGCCGGUAGGGCUUACGACAGAAAUGGAAACGAAGCGUACUAUCGAAGAGAACAACCGUACCACAAUAACGCCUACUAUCCAGCUCCGGUGGCUCCUUUAGUUUCUGGACCACUUUACUCCAGAGAUUACCUCGACGCCCCGCCAGCCAGAUACUUCGAACGCGAGGAACCUUAUCGGCUUGGAAAAAGAUACGGAUUCAUACUUGACAGACGUAGAAGAUGCUUAGUUCUUCACGAUACGGUUCAACUUUCAACUACUAUCCCUACGUUGUGCUGAAGAAUUUGUAUAAGGCGUUUAAUCAGUCAUCACGGUGCCUAGUUUAUCGCAGUACUUAUUCAACUUGCAACCACGAAGGGCAGGAGUUACAUGUCAUCGCACAAUUCGUUCACAGGUAUGAAAUAAGUAACAGAAUGAUAUAAGUUAGGGUAUAUUAUGAAAAUAUAUUUAAUGUAAUAUAUUAUAACAUCACAUUAGCAGUAAUAUAUUAACAGAUAAUAUAAUAUAACAUUCAACUAACAUAUUGACAUAGAAUAUAAUAUUGCUGAUAACAUAUUCUUAUACUACGUUAUUAACAAUGCACUUUUCCUAUAUUUCAGGUACUCGGAUAUGCUGUCGCCGCAGUUAUGACCCCCUGGACUUCCCCUGUUCAUCAGGGGGAGUUCAGGGACCCGUCCCCUGGGACUGCGCGGCCUCCCACCGCCCCCGGGGUCCCAGGGGACCCAG